AUGGGAGAAAAGAAGGAUAGGAUUAGUAGGAAGGUUGAAGGUGUAGAGAAAAUGUUUCUAGAGGCUUGUUUAUGUGAAGUUACCAUCAAUGGACGGGAAGGGAAUAGUUUGAAAGCACUAUCUUGGAGGAAUGUAGUUGAAACACUAAAAAUUGAACAUAAAUUUAUUUCCGACCAAAAACAAAUGAAGAACCGCUAUGACUACCUAAAGUCAAAGUUUGGUGAUUUUUUGAAGUUAAAAAACAAAACCGGAAAUGUUUACAAUUCAACAACCAACACCUUCAAUCUUUCCAAAGAAGGAUGGGAACUAGAAUCGAAGUCAAACAAACAUGUGGAUUCUAUGAGACGCACACCACUACCGUACCCCGACCUUUGCACACAGUUGUUUGAAGGCGCGACUGCGACAACUUCUACCCUUCCCCAUCCUACUCAAGAGUCAAGCCACUAUAGUUUGCAUGACUUUGAUGACAUCGAUUGCACUCAACAAGAAACUGUAGGUCUCAGUGACGAGUUAUCCGCUCAAUCAAAAAAACAAAAGACUACAGAUAUGGAAAAGAGUCAAAAUGAAAGUAAAGAGAAGGGUAAAGAUACAAGAAAGAUGUAUCGAAUUCAAGAAUGCUUGAAAUCGGGGAAGAUAUUGCCACAAUUGCUAAGAUAUUUGUGGAAAAGCAUGCAUCUUCAAAUUUGA